UAUUGUUUUCUCUAUGAAUGAACUGUAUUAAAUGACUUUUAAUUGUUUUUCAUAAUUUGCAAAACAAAGAUUUCAUAAAAAAAUGGUUACCAAUUCUUCAGUUUAAAAAUAUAAUAAUUUAGGAGUGAUUUGCUUUAAACAUGGCUACUAUGAUAAAAGAAAAACGUCGUGAGAAAAAGAAAACUAAAGAGAAAUUGAGUAGUAAAAGUACAGAUAUUCAGCUAUCAGAGAGUGAUGUUGUUGCAUGUCCAAGCUCAGAUGCCACUAUUUCUCAGACCCUCGAAUUAGUGAUAGACACAAGUGAUAAAACUUCAACAGUUCCUAUUAAAGUUCAAGAUAUUAAUGUAAUAGAAAGCAAAAGUGAAAUUAAAAUCUCGGAAAGGAAAUUGGAAAUGGUAGAAAGCAAAAAUGUUGAAGAAGUUAGUGAGAAUAGUAAGACUAUGACAGAAACAUAUAAAGAAUUAAAUUCAAAAUUGGAACGUUUGAUUAUACCCAACCAGUGUUUUGACAUCACUGAGCAAAGGGAAUAUGAACUAGCUCAUCCAGAUGCAUAUAAUACAAGAGUAAGAGACUGUUUAACAAAUGAAUCCUCUAACUAUUCUGUACAUACAAAUGAAGAAAGCAUAGCAAUAGAAGAAAGUGGUAUUAAUAAUAUAGGCCUGGCUGAAGCUUUAACACCUUCAGCUCCUAUGUUAGAGGAAAAAGUACACAAACCACCUCAGCAGUCAAUGUAUGAAGUUCCAGAGAAAGUUGAGGAGCCAAGAGUUAAGUGUAUUCCAUUAGAAGAGGCAAUUAAUUUAUUUGCCAGGAAAGAGUUUGAGCUUAUAAAAUCUUUGAGUGAGAAGGAAGAAACUAUUGUUGAAGCUGGACCUUCAUCAGGGCCUGAGCAUCCUUUGGUUGAUCUGCUGUCUACAUUCAGUUCAUCACUUAGAGCUGUAGAAAGGGAACGCACGAAAAUAACUCUUGGUUUUAUCGAAGAGGAGUCCUCCAGAUCGAGACUAUGGUUGAUUGAAAAACGUUACAUAAAAGCAAAGGAGCAGUGCAGAUGUGGUGCCAAAGUAUAUGUGCAAGCGUGGUAUGAACAUGCACAGCUGUUGAAAGAAAAGCUUCCUGCAGCUAAGCUCACACUAGAAGGACUGCUGAGAGACAUAACGGAUUCAUACUGUCAUCAUCAACAUGAAGCCUUGUUAGCACAUUGUGAGAUUGAAGAACUGCUAUCUGAAAUAGUGAAAAGCUCUAAAAGUGAGAUCCGCGAAGCGUUAUCCCUAGUGCUGCAAGCAUUGAAGCUAAGUGACAGUUCACCAACAGUGCUGUCUAUUGCUCUACUGCGAUGGGCGAGAGCACUCAGUACUGCAUUACUGGAGGGCAGCGAUGUGAGGCAGCUGCUGUUUCUCAUACAUCACUUGUUCAGACAAUCUCAUUCAGUUGAAUGGGCGUCAUCUUUCAUAAACUUGGCAGUUCAGGACAGUGUGUCGGCUGCACAGAUGAUCGCCCUCCUGGACAUCCUGCUUGCUCUGCCGAAGGCCACUCCGGAGCCUGCUUUGGAAUGUACUGAGGAGAGCGAAGAUGCUUGGGAGGAAGUGGACAAACAUGGCGCCGGUGGUGCGGUCAGCGAGGGUAAGAUGCGGGAAAAGGAUAUGUUGUCACUCCUGAACGCCUUCCCUCUGAGAGACCUGGUUGCAAGGCUGGUGGCCAUUACACACGCGGAUAUAAAACAAGUCCGCGAAUCGGAGUGGGUGGAUCGCGGCGGCGGCGGAGCGGUGCUGCGCGCGUGUGCGGGCGUGCGCACGUGGCUGCACGUGCUGCGCCGCGCCGCCGCCCGGCACGUGCACUACACGCGCCUGCGGGCGGCUCUGGCGCACCUCGCCCGCGCCGCCAUGACCGCCCUCUGCUCGCUGCACAUGCGCUCUAGACACCUAUAUCGGGAUGAGUUGAAAGAAAAAAUCGAUGCCGAGCUGGAGGCGGUGUUCGCAGAGGGGGUGAGCAUGUCCAGCGCGUCGGAGCUGCCCGCGCUGCCCGCCGCGCUGCUGGGCCGCCGCGGGGCCAUGGACUACUGCGUGUGCCACGCCGUCUCUCUGCACGCCGUGAAACCGAAACCUCUCGAGUCGUUGUCGAUGGAGUUGCCGGUGUUGCCAUGCGAGAGUCGAGUCAAGAUAAUAGCGCACGCGGCAAUAAACCGCGCACACGACGAGCAACUCGCAAAAUUCGUGCUAGAGUUUUUAAUUCAGAUCGGAAACCAACGUAAGACUGAGGAAUGUAAAGGUGCCUGUGACAAGGAAGCCCAGAAAUGCCUCCCGACACUGUUGGCCGCGCACCCGCACUUGUACACGACCGCGCUGCACACCUUGGCUCAGUUGAACGAGAGGGAGCCGGUGGACGCGGCGGCGGUGGCGGCGCUGGGGCUGAGCGCGUGGCGCCCCCGCGGCGAUGACGUCACGCGCGUGCUGGACGACUGGGCGGGUCGCCGCGCGCCGCUGUCGCUCCUGCUGCUGCAGCUGGACUACACGCCGCACACCGGGAUGUCAUUAGAGACUCAGCUGAGCAUCUGCAGCUGGCUGGUGUCGUAUGCGGGGUCCGGUCCGGCGCCCGAGUGGUGCUGGGCAGUGCUGCGGCGCUCCGCCCUGCACGGCGCGCUGUGGGGCCGCGCCGCCGACCCGCCCCCGCCCCCUGCCCGCCCCACAGAACCCUUCGCUAUAGCAUUCCAGUUAUUAUCCAGCUCCUGGGGACACUCCAUUCCGCUGAUCUGCGCGGAGGGCGUGGGCGCGCUGUGCGAGCUGGCGGCGGCGCGGCCCCGGGACGCCGCGUGCUGUCUGGCGCCGCUCCUGCUGGUCAUGGCGCACUCGCCGGAGUCCGUCUCCCUGACGCCCAAGUUCGCGGAACUGUUCUCGAUCCUGUUGAACGCUCGCCCCACGCUGGUGCAGCGAACACUAGGUCGCGGCGGAGUCGCCGGCUCUGAGAUUCUCUUGAGACUCUUCUUGGAACAGCUAGAAAACCAUGACACGAAGCCUACUUCUGCCAGUGCAAGAACUAUUACUGAAGCUCGGUGCAGGUCGUACAACGUGUCCCGCGCGGCCGUGCUGUCGGUGUGGCUGCACGCGCUGUGGCGCGGCCCGCCCGCCGCGCUCGCCGUGCUGGACGCCGGCGCCGUGCUGUGCCAGCACUGGGCGCAGCUCGACGACCACGCCACCGCCAUGCUGCAGGACGGAAAUGCCAAAGAAAUAACCGCGAAUGCGGUCAGCAACGCGGCGACGGCUCCACUGCUGUGCGAGUGCGUGCUCCGCGCCGCGCACGCCCGCACGCAGCGCACGCACGCGCACGCCCUGCUGCUCGCCGCACUGCGGGCGCAGCACGCGGCCAGACAGCGGAUACAUGUGGACAAUGCGCUGCAGCAAAUAGGAUUGAAGAUGAGCUCGGAGGAGCUGGUGAUAUAUCGUGCCGGCAACGCGGUUUUGUCAGCCCCGCCGCAGCAUCCCGCUCAUCUGACGCUUUGGAGGCUGUUCAUGCAUCUCUAUUUAGAACGAGUAUCGGCCAACGCGAACGACCCCUGUCCCGCGGCCGGGCCCCUUUUCUACAGCGGCAUCAUAAAGACACGCUCUCUCGGUCACAUCAAGAAACGUCUCCAAGAGCUGGCGGCCCACCAUAAAGCCGAAGCCGACAAAAUAAAGGAGAUUUUAAGUGACAAAGUCGAAAUAAAAUCCGCCGAAAUUGCCAGCACGUCGCAGAGGGCCGACGGUGAGCUGUUUAAAGAUCUGACCAUCGCGGAUUUGACCGGAGAGUCGAGCGACAGCGACUCGGGGGAGGGAGAGUGGGGCGACGGCGAGGGUGACGCCGCCCCGGACAACACAACUAGAAACACAGAUUUCGAUGUCAGUAAAAUCGAUCUAUCGAACUACUACAUCGGCGCCCACAAAAUGAUGCUGAUGUACCUGCGCUGGCUGGAGGACGGAGAGCGGGUCACCGCCCGACAGCACCACGCCGACCUGACCAGCUUCAUGACGCAGCAGUGUUUAGAAGCCGGCUGGCGUCACGCGCUGCGCCAGCUCCGCCCCCCUCCCGCGUCGGAGCCGGACCCCCCUCCGGCGCCCGUCGCCGCCGACCCUCCCAAGUCACAGUUUGCAGUCGGCCUUGAUUCCAUACUCAGUAUCGGACAGAAAUCACGAAAAAGACGCAGAAAAAAUAUUCUGAAGCCAGUGUUGGAAGACGUAGAGUUCAAAGACACUCACCGUUUGAUUUCCGCUGCAGAAAAUCAUCUGAAUAAAAUUAAAUUACUGGCUAAAGAGUGGUCGUCGGAGACAGAUCGCGUGAGGGCGCUGGACGUCCAGCUGUGGGUGCUGCUGGGCUCGCUGCGCGCGCGGCGCCCCCUGCCGCCCGUCAGCAGGCAGUGCGCCAACAAGUGCCCGCCGGUCAGCGUGCGCCUCAAUGCUGAAGAAUGGUGUAUAUCAGCCGGAGUCGAGCGUAGUAUCAGAGAAAACAGAUGCACAAGCCGCAAGAGCGUAAGCCGCCUGUCGAGGCCGCGCCCGCACGCCGCCCGCACCGCCGCCGCACUCUACUCUAUCGUCAAGCGGAUAGACUCGAUGAGCAGCGCGUUGUGCGUGGUGGAGCGCGUGUGGGCGGCGGCGGCCGCGUGCCCGGAGUCUGGUCCGGCGCACGCCGCCCUGCACAGAGCCGCACUAGUGCUGGCAGAGCGGUGGGUGUCGCGGUCGGGCGCCACGUGUGCCUCGCUAGUGCAGCGGUGGAGCGCCGGCGCCGGCUCCGCGCUGCAGGCGGCGCUGUGCGUGGCGGUGGUGGCGCCGCGCCUGUGCCGGCCCUGGCCGCCGCUCUACUGCGCCCUGCUCCGCACCUCGCUCCCGGACUAUAUGCUCUUCAGUGCACUCUCCAAGUUUGAAAUGAACCACUUAUCAAAAGAUCUGGAGCUGACUGAGAGACGCGAACUCCUGGAUAGUUUAUUGGUUGCGGCCCAGCGCUGGGGUCCCACGAGCGAGUCGUACCCGCUGAGCUCGGAGCUGCUAGGGAUGCACAUGCAGGCGCUGAUGGAGCCGGGCGCGCUGUGCGGGCACACGGCGCGCUGCAUGCGGGCGGCCGCGGCGGGCGCGCUGCCGGCGCCGCACUGGCGGCACGUGGCGCGGGCCGUCGAGACCUCGGCCGGCCUCGUGCCUUUCGAUCAGCUGUCCCGCCUGCCGCGCGAGCUGGGCGCGCUGUGGUGGGAGGCGCGCACCGCCCCGCGGCCGCGCGGUGUCCAGUACGCCGUGUACUCCGAGGAGAUCGCCCGCGUGUACCGGCUGCUCCUGAAAGCGUUAGUUGACGCCGCCGUCGAGUUGAGCUAUGCUCCCGAAAGAGUGGCUGCGUGCGGCUGGUCGGCGCUGCUGGAGCUGUGGUCGCCCUGGGUGCAGCCCCACCCCGCGCCCCCGCUGCUGCCCGCGCACGCUCAGGACGACUCGCACGCGACCAUGCUGAAGAGCUUCGCGGACGCCCUGCUGCAGACCAUGCGCGACUGUCCGGGUACAGAAAGCUACAUUCUCCAGAAGACCUACGAGUGGAUCGUUCACACACAGCUGAACGUUAACGGACAAAACCAGUCCGAGUGCCGCGUCCAGGUGUCGGAGCUGCUGGCGGAGCUGGCCGCGCUGCCGUGGGACCGCCACCAGUGGUUCAGCGGCAACUGCAUCGAACUUGCCGUGCAGUGGAGUGCGUGCGGCGACAAGCAGGCGGGCGCGUGGACGGGCGCGGUGACGUCACGCACGGCGGCCGGCACGCUGCUGGCGCCGCACCACGACAGCCCGGUGCGGACGCUGGUCGCGCUGUUGUACUUCUUCACGGCCACCGACGUGCCACACUCGGAACAGAUAUUGGACGAGGCAAUGAAGUUGCCAUGGUGGAGACUACCGGAACUGGCUUUAGACGAAGCCUGCAGUAGAUUCUUUGCUUUCCACCACAAUCCCGAGAAGCCAUACCACGAGCUACCGCAGUUCAAGGUAUUAGUGCAGGCGUGCGGCGCGGGGGACGGUGCCGGGGGCGGCGCGGAGGGGCGGGUGCGGCGCGGCGUGCUGGUGGCGCACUGGGCCCGCGCCGCCGCCGCGCCCGCACUGCUGGCACACGUGCCCGCACACGCCGCCGCCAUGUUGAAACUCAUCACUCAGAUUGCUCUGUACUUGAAGAGUCCCGGAGACGAAGUGGAGGAGCUGGUGUCUCGGGCCGUCGCGGCGCUGUGUGCGGGCCCGGCCGCCGCGCGCGUGCUGCCGGUGUGGGAGCGCCACGUGCGCGAGGCGUGCGUGCGCGUGCGGCGAGCGUGCGUGCGCGCCGCGUGCUCGCUCACCGCGUUCCCGCACUUCGCCGCGCUGUCGGACGCCGCGAUCAAGGCCUUCCUCGCCCAUCCAGAGUCGUCGGGCUGGAGCGAGAUGCGGGCGGCGUGGGCGGGGUGUCCGUGGACGGAGCCGCGCGCGCUGGCGGGCGAGGGCGCCCUGCACGCCGCCUACGUGUGCACGCUCGCCGCGCCCGCGCCCGCCCCCGCCCGCGCCCUGCACGCGCUGCUCGCCAGGCAACACUCCUUUACAGAAGACGAGACAAUACUGGCCGUGUGGAUAUGCUGCGCGGGGCGCGUGGGGCGGUGCGGGGGGCCGGGGGGGCGGGAGGCGGCGCUGGCGCUGCUGCGGGGGUGGGGGGAGCCCCCGCCGCGCUCCGUGCUCAGCGUCGUCACGUUCCGGCCCGUCCACGGACCCACCACCAGACAUCGACUGCUGAGUCGGCUCGGCGUGUGCCUGCUGGCGCCGUCGGCGUCAGCGACUCGCGCGUACAAGGCCACCAGUGCCGAGGUGUUCGGUUCGAAGCCGGACGAGGACGAUGGAGGGACCGCUCCUCCCACCCCCGACCAGCUGCCCAAACUCGCGGUCAGAUUGUAUCCCAAAUACGAGAAGUUUUUUGAUAUAGAACUGGACAUGGUGACAAAUGUGUCGGUCUGAUGUGGACCAGAGAUAACCGGCUGAUUCUCCGGAGGAUCCAUCGGGUCUCCGCAGAGGAGCAGCAUUUGUGAUGCCUUUGGAAUUUCAAUCUUAAGGUCGACUCUGGUGGUCCCCUGUAGAGUCACGCCAACACACACAACAAGCUUAAUGUAUGUCUUACUUUUCGCAAAAAAUCUCGAGAAUGUAUUCUUGAAAAAAAAAAACCUGAUUAGUUAAUAAAAAUAGUCUUUCUAAUAGUACGUAAAAAUAUUUGUGUUUUUUGUUCGAUGUGAACUUGUUGAUUGAAACUUUCACUCCGGGAGGGGAGGGGUUGCGAUAUAGCACCAUGUCUACGCAAUGCUGAGUGUAGGUUUCUUUGAAUAUUAUACCUCAUUCUCUUCGGUCUCUUGCCUUUGCAUCCAAUCCCUAACCAGCCAUUUCGAUCAGGCACGACGGCAUAUGUGGAAGGCCCCAUGACCAUAAAACAAACGUGUGCUCUUCCUAUAGGUUUAACUACGUUCUGAGACAAUCACACUUUGAUCAGGUUUCUUUGUAAUGUAAUAUCGCGCAUCAGGAUUUAGAAUCAACUACCAAUUUGAGAUGUGUGAGAUGCGAUAUUGAAAUACAUACCGUUUGUUGUAAAAUGUAGCGUAUUGAAAUCAGCGUAGAUCAAUUUGGAUCAAGUUAAGUUGAUUAAAUAGAUAUAAAAAAAAUUAUCUGAAUAUGUUUAAAUAGUUAAAAAAAAACAAAUAUAUAAAUAAAAAAAACAAUACGUCUUUGGAUCAUAAUUUUGUAAAUAUUAUCUCUCAUCUACUUAGUAUAAGAAGGCUAAGAACUCUAUAACGUUUAUAUGACAUUAAGAAUAGUUUUGUAUGUAAAGUUUUAGCUCUUUUAAAAGCGUAAGAAUUCUAGAGGACUUUUAACGGAUAGUAAAACAGAAUGUAAGGUACAGCAUGCACAUAUUGGGACUGAGGUUUGAUUAAAAAUUUAAACUUUAAAUUACUUAUAAAGAACUGCUGUGAUGUACUAUGUGUUUAAGUAAGUGGACUUAAUCAUAAAUUUGGGUGUAAUUAUAAAAAAAAAUCGACUUCCAAUGCACCGAAACAAAUUUAAUGCUGGCAUGCAUAAAUAACGACCUAGAUUGGUGUUGUCGGUAUAUAAAACGAUACAUUUUCUACCAAAUAAUAGAAAUUUUUUAUUUUUACUUUUUAUGACGCCAGCGAAAUGUGUUUUAUGUUACAUAUUAUGUAUGAAAUGAAAACUAGUCUAUUCGAAAAAUGCUCAAUAUUUUUUUACUUAGGUACAUAUUAGUUUAAUAUUUAAUUCGUAAAACUGAAGAUAUUAAAUGUAAAGAGUAUGUAUAAUCAAAAUAUUGAAGUCUCUUAUGUAUUGUGUAUUGUACUCCCCAUAUUUCAUACAUAAUAUUAUUAUUUUUUUCAUUCUUGCCACAUUCAUUUUCUCUAAUAACUCUAUACUGACUUUUUUGGCGAGAACGCGAGGAGUGAACUGUUGUGUGAUUUGUUUUAUUUUGUCUAUUUAGUGCUUCUUCAGGUUUAAAUGUGUAGUAACGGUUGUUUAUUAGCUGUUUAAUAUCUGUGAAAGUGCACAAAUGUGGGAAAAUGAAACAAAGCGACUGAACGUAACUUCUCGGUAUCUUCCAAAAGUCCACUGAAAAAAUCUCAGUAAAUGACCACAAUUUUACUGAGAUUAUAUUUCAUCCCAUAUUAUCUCAUCUCAUUUCAUUUAAUUUCAUCUCAGUUGAUUAAUGUCCCAUAUUAAUCAAUCAUUCAUUCUUCAUAUUAUCAUUUUUCAUAAAAAUGUGAAAAUAAAUUCAAAUACGGCAUGACCUAAAGGUCUUAGUUUCCAGGUCAUAAAAUCCCUUAAAAAAAAAACUUGAUAUUUAUUCUUUGAUAUUUAUUCUAUUUAGUAUUGUACAUUGUAUAUUAGUUCUAGAAAAGUCGUCAACUUGAAGAUGUGGUUUAUGCGUGCACGUUAAAUUUACAAAACGAUUCAUUUAUACAUAAAUAAAUAAAUAAAUAUUAAAUUGUCACCUGAAAGAAUCAAGAUUAGUCGUGCACCAAUCACAAGUAAAUUGUUUCGUAUUGUAUUAAGAAAAUAAUUAAAAGCUAUUAGUGAAAAUGUCUUUUGUGUUUAAUUAAGAAAUGCUCGACGAAUAUUGUGAUUUUUAAUUUGUGUUUUUUUUUAUGAAUAAAACAUAUUUUAUAUA